AUGGUGAGAUGGAUUCCGCCAGGACCAAAUUCAUGUAUCUUGAGCUCGGAUGGUUCUUCAUGCAUCAAUGGGGCUGGUUAUGGUUUUGUGAUUCGUGGUGAAGGUGGAACUUUUGUGUAUGAGGAAUGUGGUUUCUUGGGGGAUGGUGAUAGUUUUAAAUCGGAAGUUGAUGAAAUUUUAUUUGGGCUAUAUAGAUAUGAGCUUUUAAAGCUUCUUAAUGUUGUUGUUAAGACGGAUAACAAGGUACUUUUAGAAGCUCUCACCAAGCAAAUAUGUUUUCCUUUGAGCCGUCUUCCAUGGUCGGAAAUCCCACUGGGGACUGGGCUUCCCCCAUUUGCAAGCUUAUUCAACAAACCUUCCACUGAUAAACCUCAAAAGGGAUUGCUUAUUAAGCCAGUCACCUUUGUAAAUGGCACCGCCAUUCUUGAAUAUGAAGAUGAGGAGUAUGAACGCCUCAUAGCCCCCCCAUCAAAUGAGUUUGACCUCCCAAUUGAGUUUCUAAACCCGGAAGUCAUCUUCUCCAUGGCUAUGAUAGGUAAGAGAGGCAAGAAUCAUGAACAACUCUUCACUUAUGAGCACGUUCCGGCUUAUUGUUCAAAGUGUAGCAAGAUUGGCCAUAAGGUGGAUGAUUGCAAGAAACGUUUGGCAAAAAUUUCAAUGGAGAUAAAUAAACUCAAGCCUGUAUCCAAAGAGGUUCUGCAAAAAGCAAUUUUGAAGAAACAAAAAAACCCUAAUUUAGGGCUGAAGUCGAUGGAAGCUAAGGGCAAAGCAUCCUCUUCAGGGCUAUCGGAGAAGGAGAAGGUGGCCUUCCCUGUGGAUGUUCAAGAUUCCCCGAUGAAGAGCGCACAUGUAGAAACUGAGUCGUGGAUUCUGACUGAGUCGCAAGUUGCAAUUGCUGCAGCUGAUUCGUGGGUUGCGACUAAGUCACUGGUUACGACUGAUGCUAGAGCGAAUGUUCUAAUGACAAAUGUGGCAGCUAAUGUGAUUGAUCUUGAGACUGAGAAAGUUACAAUGGAGGUAGAAACCCAGAUGAAGACAGGAAAAGAAGCGGAGGUGCUGGUUGCAACGAUGACGGAGGUGCUGGUUGUGACUGAGGGUGCGAAAAUCACGACUGAGGCUGGGGGCGCAAUGUUGACAACUGAUGCUGCGGCGUUAGUGUCUAAUUUCGUUGAAAAUCAUUUUGUAUUAUUGGAGAGUCAUGAUGAUGAAGAAGAGGAGCUUGUGCAUCAGGAGGAUCCUCUUCCACAAGUUGAACAAAUUCUUCUGCAAUCGGUUGCGGUUGAAGUUGGAAACCCUACUUUGGUCGUUGAUGUUCCUACAAUGCCACAGAAGGACUGGUGCUGGGAGAUGAUGAUCAUGGUAGCUUGUUUGAAGGGAAUGCUGAUGACAUUGAUUCCAGUACGAAAGAUACAGCGCAAAGGUUAGUUUCUCCUAAAAAGAAGCGGGGUCGCAAAUCAAAGGCUGAGAAGGCAAUCUCCCUGGAUGGAAUAAUCCCGUGGGGGUUGUCGAUGUUACAAUAAUUCUGGUUCUCCUUUCCAAUAUUUUUCAAUGAUAGGUCAUUUGAUAUGGAAUAUUCGAGGCAUUCGAAACCAAGCCUUGCAACACCGGUUGAAAUCCUUGGUGAAAAUGUAUAAGGUUUCUCUUUUGAUGAUUAUGGAGCCAAUGUUAGUAAAAAAAAAUUGAUGAAAUAAGGCGAGAGCUAGGUUUUGAUUUGGCUUUUUCGUCUGAAAACAGUAAGAUAUGGGUAUUUUGUCAGAAUGACUUCUCGGUCUCCUUGCUUGAAGGUAAUGAUCAAAUUUUACAUUCUGAGGUAACACAUGGUUUGGUCCCCAGCAAAUUUUAUUUUUCAGCCGUGUGUGCCAAAUCUAGUAGAUUGGGAAGACAAGAACUAUGUUAAAGUAUGGUGGAUUUUAGGCAACAAUACAUUGACUCACCUUGGGUUAUAGGAGGGACUUUAGUGUUAUUCGGUCAUUGGAUGAAUAUUCGGGUUCUUCAGUUCAAGAUCAAUUAGCAAUAACAAAGUUUAAUGAAUGUAUAGAAACUUGUGGAUUGAUGGAAAUGUUGCCAAUUGGAGAGGAAUUUAUAUGGGGUGGAACAAGAUGUAUGGGUUGGGUUUGUAAAAAGUUGGAUAGGGUUCUAUUUACAAAGGAAUGGCAUGAUUUCUUUCCCUCCUCUUUUGUUGAGAACUUAAGUUGCACCUCCUCAGAUCAUUCCCCUAUUUUGCACCUUAUUACGCCUUCAAAUGCAAGCCUAGAGUUUUUCACUUCCAAAAUAUGUGGGUGCGGAGAGAUGACUUUAAAAUUGUUGUGAAGGAAUGUUGGGUGCAGCCUUUAACUUAGUUUGGAAUGAUUGGUUUCUCUCUCAAGCUCAGACAAUUGAAUGCUAAAUUGAAAAUAUGGAAUAAGGAAGUCUUUGGUGAUGUCUUUGCAAACUUGAAAGAGGUGGAAUCCAAUGUCCAACGGCUGGAGGGUUUGUAUGAUUCUUCGGAGUUGGAAAAUGAUAGAAUGUUGCUGAAUGAAGUGAAAGCUACUCUGCUUAGAAAGUUAAAGGAACAUGAGGAUUUUUGGGCUCAGAAAAUGAGGGUUAAAUGGCUGCAAGAAGGAGAUGCAAAUACUUCUUUCUUUCAUGCAUCAUUGAAGGAGUGAAGAAUGCAUCCAAC